CCUGUAUUUCCGCCCCGAAAGAAUGUUAGCUAACUUGUUAGCGCUAGCAGCAUGAGUUCUACGCUGGGAAACGGAGGGACUGCUUCGGUUCGGUUCGGUUUGGUUCUGUUUGCUUGGUAGUUGUUAGAGGAGGACUUGGACGGACUGGAUUCAACAGAGAUGUGGACCCGGCGGGUCAAACAACGUUCGGAUGCAGCAGCGGAGCAGAGGCACGAAAGUCUGGAUCCGUCUUUCGAACCUCGGCUGCACCGACCGGAAACUCUGGUUGGAACCAAAUAUCUGUUGCUGUCAGGAAAAACUGAUGAGAGCGACUGCAGCCUCUGGAACAUCAUUGAGGUUCCUGCAGAUGUUCACCAGAGAAUUCUAAUUAAAAAAGAAGCUCCAGAAGAAAAUAAUCUAGCUGUUACCCACCCGUCUUCCCUCAUCAAGGAAGAACUGGAAGAACUCGGGAUUGGUCUGGAGGAAGAAAAGCUCAAAGGGAAGGACAAAGUCACUGCAGUUCUCAUUAAGAGUGAAGAUGAAGAGGAGACUCCUCUUCAACAUCAACAAAUUGUGGACAGAGACAUUCCAAGCAGCAGCACAGCAGACCAGAUGAAAGCUGAAGCUGAUGAAAGUGUCCAUGGAGGAGCAGAGUUCUGCAGGACCCUGAAGGGAAACACUUCUGUAGAGACUUCCUCCUCUUCAGAGACUGAAGUCGGUAAUGAAGAUGAAGAGGAUGACUGGAACCGUGUGCAGAAACCAUUUUUUUGUGAUUUUUGUGCAAAACAAUUUAAACUAAGAACAGAUUUAAACCGACACAUAAGAGUUCACACAGGAGAGAAACCUUUUUGCUGUGAUGUUUGUGGACAGAACUUUCGGUUAAAAAUACAUCUCGACACACACAUGACGAUUCACACGGGGGAGAAGCCAUUUGGCUGUGAUAUCUGUGGUCAGGUAUUUAGUCGGAAGUCGCAUGUAAGCACACACAUGAGAAUCCACACUGGUGAGAAACCGUUUGGAUGUGACGUCUGUGGACAGACUUUUAGCCACAAGACCAACCUAAACACACACAUGAAAACUCACACAGGAGACAAACCGUUCAGGUGUCAUGUUUGUGCUCUAAGAUUUAGUCAAAAGAUCAAUUUGAACACGCACAUGAGAAUCCAUGCAGGUGAGAAACCUUUUGGUUGUGAUGUUUGUGGACAAAAGUUCAGCCGAAAGGCACAUUUAAAUACACACCGGAGAACACAUACAGGAGACAAACCGUUCGGGUGUGAUGUCUGUGGACAAACAUUUAGCCAUAAGACCAACUUAAACACACAUCGCCGAAUCCAUACAGGAGAGAAACCAUUUGGGUGUGAUGUCUGUGGACAGAGAUUCAGCCAAAAGAUUAAUUUAAAUACACACAUGAGAAUCCACACAGGAGAGAAACCGUUUGGCUGUGAUGUCUGUGGACAGACAUUUAAUCAUAAAACAACUUUAAACACACACAUGAGAGUCCAUACUGGUGAGAAACCAUACGAGUGUGAUACCUGUGCACAAACAUUUAGCCAUAAGAGCAGCUUAAAAACACACCAGAGAGUCCACACAGCGGACAACAAAUGUCAAAGACUUAAUGAAAAGACACACUUAAAUAGCCACACUAAGACCACUGUACAAGAAACAUCUCAGUUUGCCAAUUAAAGUCAAAGUAUAAUCCGUUUUUAUGAUUUUUUUUUUAUUGUACUGUUAACUUUUGUUUUCAUAUUAAAUGGUUUUUGUUAAAAAGUUCACAUAAAAUCAGGAAAGGAUCUGUUUAAGCACUUUUUCAAUGUUUUAAUGUCAAAUGUCUUUCUAUGGUACAUUAAAUGUAGAGUAGACCAAAGUGCUUCCCAAAUUCACCAUUAAUAAAAUAGCAAAUAAAAUACAAUUCUAGUGAGGUAGCACUGACAUGCAGGACCUUAAACUCUAAGUUCCUGACCUCAACACUUCCUGUUCAAAACAAUUGAGGCAAAUGAAGUGGAAGUGUUGUUAUGCAGUGUUUUGAUCGCUUUGUCUACAGGCCAAAAAUCCUCUCCUAAACAAGACAUCGUUCUUUCUGGUGUCUCAAGCUGCUUGUGACUCACAGCUCAUCAUGAACUGAUUCGCAGGAAUCCCCAAAUGGGUGGGUCUUGUAGUUAUUCUGAAGGAUUUAAAAUGAGACUGAAUAUCCACCCAAACUAGGGUUUUGGAAAGGUCUAUGUGCUUUUACAUAAGUUCAAAAUAAUGAGAUAUAGUUAGAGAGUCUGAACUUGAGUCGUUGUGUGCAUGGAUUCAAGAUCAUGAGAGUCUGAGUUUAGAUAGUCUGAGUGAUUGUGUGUUUUUUAAACUUUUUGUGAGUCUGAGUUCAUCUGUGCUCAUCUGCUCUAAAGCUGGAGACGUAGUGAGCCGGAGGAGGAGCAGACUGAAGGCUAAAAUAGUGGAAAUGAUUGUUUUUUAAUAAAAAUCUUUGAAUGGUA